GUUGGUCAGCUCAUAUCUUUCUUUCUGUUCAGCACAGCUAGCUGUGCACUACGCCGUUUGAACAUCAUGUCAGGGCUUAAUGCCUCGCUGGGCUACUUCUUAACUAUAGUAGGUGUAAGUGCGGUCGGAAGGGUGCUAUUCGCCCGAUGGAGGCCGCGAUGGACUUUCCUGACAGAGUUCAUCGCCGCCUUUGCACUCGCCGCCUGUAGGCUUGAAGUGGACACCAUUGCGGAGGUCGGUCAGUGGGCCGGUGCGCUUGGGCCCGAUGUGGCCAUCACAAUGCUUUUCCUAUCCAUCACCGUUCAUGCCAUCGUCAUGCAAGGCGUAAGCGGAAAUCCAUCAGUGACUUUAAUGGAACUCCUCCAGAAAGACAUCAGCGCCGUGGCAGGCGUCCUCAGUGUCGCCGCGCAGUUACUCGGUGCAUACUUUGCGCUCGUAGUUGCCGGUAAGUACUGGGAGAUGGAGCUGACCGACAUGCACAUGAUCAAGAAUCUGAUGAUGGCCGAGUGCAGUACGUCGCUGCGGGUCUCGCCACUACAGGGAGUGUUCGCUGAAGCCCUCGGCGCCAUGACCUUUCACCUGGUUUACCUCGCCCUGAAGAACCGGUCACAGCUGCUGAGGAUUCCCAUUUUCGCUCUGCUGCUGACGUUCAUCGCCUAUGCAGGAAACAACUACACAUCUGGAUAUGUGAAUCCAUCCCUCGCUUAUGCGCUAACAUUCACCUGUCCUGGACACACUUUCUUAACAUAUUCUCUAGUCUUCUGGCUCGGGCCUCUUAUUGGCAUGAGUCUUGCGCUCUUCCUGUACUUGGGAAACAUCCCACUUCUGUUCAGCAGGAAUCUACUUUACUCCAAGAAGGCACGUUUCCGGGUGCCCAAAGGGAAAACUUCUGAAGACAAGACAAACUGAGAUGACUGACAGACAUUAAAAUCAGUACUUAUGUGGUCUCUUUGUAAAACAUAUUUUACUGUCACAAAACAUAUGGUUAAAUGUUAAAUCUCUUCGACUGGGUUAAGCUGCAGCCAGUUGCAACAAACACCUUAAGUUACGAAAACACUUUGUUCAUCACGUCAGGUGUCUACUUAAAUCUAUCCUGUUACAGAGUAAAAAUGUUGAGUUUGUUCUAGUUGUCAGAUGUGAAUUUUCUACUAACAUCUAUGAGCCAAAGAAUAGACAAGCUGCCUUAAGUUAUAUAGACAUUUAAUUUAAUAAAUAGCAAAUAAUAUUUAAUGAGCAGGUGGCAUUAUACUCAAGUUGUCAAAUUUAGUACCUGAUUGGCUGGUUUGCUUAUGAAAAAGAGAGAGACAAAGGGUAAAAGAGAAAUAGCAUAUAAAAUCACAAGUAUGAACAUUGUGAUAUGUUGUAUGUGUAUAAAUGGCACUCAUAAAACAUUGCAAGUGUGCCACAAUGUCACAAUAGCUACAAUAAAACAUUUGUACAUUUUUUAGUCUUCCAUAA